AAACUGGCAUGAGAUAAAAUUUAUAAUAAUAUCAAUUUAUAGCAACAUUUAUUUAUAUUUAAUAUAAUAUACUAUAUGAAACUAGUCAAAUCACUCAAAUCCUAUUUGUAACAUUUUGAUGAUAACUGAGAAUAUUGUCGAUUGUUCCCGAAAUAAAACAUCAAAUCCCCGAGUUCCUGAUCGUCGUACCUAGGCCUACAGCAGUGUAAUCCUACUUAAAUACGCUACGACACCUUACAAUAGAUAACAGUAAAUUUUUCUCAUAUAAAAAUUAAGUUAAGUAUUAUCUAAAUUAUGGCAAGGAAACGACGUAGCACAACUGAAAUAAAUACAGCUGAAAAUGCUUCGGUUCCAAAACGUCGUUAUACUAGUGCACAAAGAACUCAUCUUGAAGAAAUGAUGGUUUUUAAUAGUAAAAAAUGUCUUUCAUGGUAUCAUAAAUAUACAAAUGAUGCAGGCGAACUAGGUCCUGAAGGUAUGGAAAAAUUUUGUAUGGAUAUUGGGGUUGAUCCAGAAGAUUUAGUUAUGCUUGUUUUGGCUUGGAAAAUGAAUGCUAAAUCAAUGGGAUAUUUUUCUAGUGCUGAAUGGUUAAAGGGUCUUACAGAAUUACAGUGUGAUUCAGUUAAAAAACUUCAAAGUAAAUUAGAAUCUUUGAGGUUGUGUGUGAAUGAUCCAUUAACUUUCAAAAGUAUUUAUAGAUAUGCAUAUGAUUUUGCAAGAGAUAAAGAUCAACGAAGUAUGGACAUAGAAACUGCAAAAUUAAUGUUAAAUUUAUUACUUGGGAAACAAUGGAAACUUUACCCUUUAUUUGCUAAAUUUAUAGAUCAAUCCAAGUAUAGAGUUAUCAAUAAAGAUCAAUGGUGCAAUAUAUUAGAAUUUUCUCGAUCUAUCUCUACAGAUUUGGCAAAUUAUGACAUAGAUGGAGCUUGGCCUGUUAUGUUAGACGAGUUUGUGGAUUGGUUAAAGAAUAGUAACAGCUGAAACUAAGAAGUCGAUUAUUGCUGAUCAGGAUUAGAUACUGGAAUAAAAUAAGAUAAUACAAUUAAAUAAAACUGAAUCGAUCUCUUGUUUGCUUUUUAAAUUUCCAUAUAAAUAC